ACCGCACAUUCAAAACUCGACCAAAGCCUCCUUACAACUUCCCAACUCAACAAAUCUUUCCCACUUCCAAGUUCCAACUUCGAAAAUGUCGACGAUGACGAUGAUGAUGGCAGCCAAAGCCACUUCGCUUCAAAACUUUAACUUGAAAGCUUCCACAUUUCGGUCAAGGAUGAGCAAGUCGUCUAAUCCAACGGUCAGAAUGCAGACGCGGAUUCACCGUCUGAUUGAGGAUCAAGGCAUCGUCCUAAUGCCUGGCUGCUACGACGCUCUCUCGGCUGCCAUAGUCCAGCAGUCUGGUUUCAGUGCUGGGUUCAUCUCUGGUUAUGCUCUCUCCGCCUCCCUCCUUGGCAAACCCGACUUUGGAUUGCUAACGCCACCGGAAAUGGCGGCGACGGCGAGGACGGUUUGUGCAGCGGCUCCGAUGAUACCGAUAAUUGCAGAUGCUGAUACUGGUGGUGGCAAUGCUCUAAACGUCCAGAGGACUAUCAAGGAUUUAAUUGCAGCAGGUGCUGCUGGUUGCUUUCUUGAGGAUCAAGCAUGGCCAAAGAAGUGUGGGCAUAUGCGUGGCAAACAGGUUAUUGCUGCAGAGGAGCAUGCUGCCAAAAUUGCAUCUGCAAGGGAUGCCAUUGGAAAUUCUGACUUUUUCCUUGUGGCUAGAACUGAUGCGCGUGCUACAUCAGCAAAAACUGGUCUUUCUGAUGCCAUCUCAAGAGCUAAUCUUUAUAUGGAGGCAGGAGCAGAUGCUUGUUUUGUGGAGGCACCAAGGAGUGAUGAUGAGCUUAAGGAGAUUGGACGCCUUACAAAAGGGUACAGAGUUUGUAAUAUGAUUGAAGGUGGAGUCACACCCUUGCACACACCUGAGGAGUUGAAAGCAAUGGGCUUUCAUUUGAUCGUGCAUCCACUAACUACCCUCUAUGCAUCAGCUCGUGCAUUGGUAGAUGUUCUUAAGACCCUGAAGGACAAUGGAACUACUAGAGAUCACCUUCAAAAGAUGGCUACCUUUGAAGAAUUUAAUCAACUGGUCAAGUUGGAAUCUUGGUUUGAACUUGAAGCACGCUAUUCAAGUCUGAAGAAUGUUAUCUAGGAAUUCCUUUUUACCAAGAAAGGGGAUCAUGUGAGUUUUCAAAACUUGAAUUCAUAAUUCUCUGGAGAACUGAUGAAAAUCCAAGUGCUUUAGAAUCAGAACAAUCCAGCCUGUUAUCGAACAGAUGCUUCUUGUUGAUGAUCUGGAUGAAUGUUGCUGUAUUUCUAGUACAAUUCCAGGCUAGCUGUUUAGACCUGGCAAUCUUGCUCAUAUCAUUUAGAUUGUCUUCUUCAGGUACCUUACCAUUUGCUUCAUAACUACUUACUCUCUGUCAAAAUGGCUUACAGAGCAAUAGCUGAUAUAGCUAAAGCGCAAGGUGAUAGAAUCGUAUAAAAUAUUUUCAGAGCUCUAGGUUUAGGGUCCCUGAAAAUCUUGUACUAUUUGGUCAUUUGCCUUGUUAAUUGAUAUUUUCAAAUUUAUGCUUUCCAAAACCUUGGGAAUACCAUCAUUUGCCACGUUUUCUUCAGGCAAUUAGUUUUCUAGUGUAUGAAAGGGUAUAAGUCAGCUGUUUAGACAGAAGACACUUUUUCUUCCCUCCGUACUUGCAAAAUAAAAUAACCACCUUCAAUUAUAAGGAAUUGCUUACUAGAUUUCAUCAAAUUUAGGUUUUUAGGAGAGAAAACUCAAAGGGGAUGCUUUCAUGCUUCUAUAAUUUGCCUGGAACUGCUCUCUUGCCAUUUAGCCUUAGCCCAAUACUCUCCAACAAUUUCAAUGACAGUUGGCGGGAAAAACUGGCCGAGGGACUAAAUUUCUUCAUAUGCAACACUGCUGGCUGGCCACUGUGAGACUAGAAUGAAGAUUGCCAUAAAUGCAGUGCAUUCGCCUACUAUCUUCUUGAGAAUUACUAGUUAAAAGUAUUACUGUGCUUUGGUUUUUCUAGCUAGCGAGAAUACGAGUAGAAAAUUAUUAACAAAAAAAAAAUUGUUCCAUAAUCCAUUAUUGUCACGUUGUUAAGGCUCAGUUUAGCAUUAUUAUU